AGAGAGCCUCAGUGAGUAAUAGUUGAUAUUCGCCUUGAAGUAGUCUUGCUCUAGAGACUUGAGUCUAAAAAUUAUGAAACAGUAUUUACUGGAGAGAAAAAAAUUAAUAGCUGUUCAUAUAUGAUUUGUUAUUGGGGCAAAGAGUAACGAGUAGUUGCCGGUCCAGCACACUCCUUGUGCAACAUAGUCUUCAGCGCGCCUAUGCAGCCGUGAGCCGUGACACUCGGAGAUUGUAAAAAUGUGAAAAUGCUCAGUACGAAAUUGGAUUUAUUGUUGGGUUUUACACAGAUAUAAUAUUACUUUAUAAUAGUUUCACCUAUAUUUAUUUAUCGUAACAUGUUCGAUAAAAAAUAUUUGUUGUAAAAUGUUUCGCACGUGAAGCAGGCCCAAUAAUCUCUCUGUAUUCGAAAAACAUGGUUGUAAAAUGUGCAGGACUUACGAAUUUGUUCACAGCGCGGUGUCUUUUGAUUUUCUCUGCUGUUGGAAUUGUAGAUACCAGACAUCAGAUACCAGACACCAGACACCAGAUACCAGACACCAGACACCAGAUACCAGAUACGACACCAGACACCAGAUACCAGACACCAGAUACCAGAUACCAGACACCAGACACCAGAUACCAGACAUCAGAUACCAGACACCAGAAACCAGAUACCAGAUACGAGAUACCAGAUACCAGAUACCAGAUACCAGACACCAGACACCAGAUACCAGAUACCAAACACCAGAUACGAGAUACCAGAUACCAGCCACCAGAUACCAGACACCAGAUACCAGAUACCAAACAUCAGAUACCUGAUACCAGAUACCAGAUACGAGAUACCAGAUACCAGAUACCAGACACCAGAAACCAGAUACCAGAUAAAGAGAUAACAGAUACCAAAUACCAGAUACCAGACACCAGAUACCAGACACCAGAUACCAGACACCAGAUACCAGACACCAGAUACCAGAUACCAGACACCAGAAACCAGAUACCAGAUAAAGAGAUAACAGAUACCAAAUACCAGAUACCAUAUACCAGAUACCAGAUUCCAGACACCAGAUACCAGAUACCAGAUACCAGACACCAGAUACCAGACACCAGGUACCUGAUACCAGACACCAGACACCAGAUACCAGACACCAGACAUCAGAUACCAGACACCAGGCACCAGAUACCAGACUCCAGAAACCAGAUACCAGAUACCAGAUACGAGAUACCAGAUACCAGAUACCAGACACCAGAUACCAGAUACCAGACACCAGAUACCAGAUGCCAGACACCAGAUACCAUAUACCAGAUACCAGAUACCAGAUAUCUGAUACCAGACAUCAGAUACCAGACACCAGAUACCAGAUGCCAGACACCAGAUACCAGAUACCAGACACCAGACACCACAUACCAGAUACCAGAUACCAGACCCAGACACAGAUACCGGACACCAGAUACUAGACACCAGACACUAGAUACCAGAUACUAG